AUGGGUGACCACGCUACUACCAACGACCCCUCCAACGCCACCUUCGAGCAGAAGGGCAAGGGCAAGGACGUCCAGGACCAGAUCGCUGAGGACUCCAGCGACGAGGAGAGUGACCAGGAGCCCGAGAUGGCCGAUGAGGACGAAGACGACAACAACCUCGAGCCCAUCUCCUCAGAGAACAUCAUCUCGGGUGGCCGCCGCACGCGCGGCAAGGUCAUCGACUACGCCGCCGAGGCUGAGAAGAACAAGGAUGAGAUGGAGGACUCCGAGGACGACGAGGACUACCAGGGCGGCGCCAACGACGACGACGAUCAGAUGCGCGACUAA